AUGAAGCUGACCACGGGCUUUCUGAUGGCUGCCUUGACUCUAUGUGGUAGCUCGGCUUUUGCCUUAUUCCUGGAUUCUCCAAUUAAACCCCCGAUCCAAGUUCCUGAGGUCCAGAACUCCAUUGUCAAGCCUGUAGUGGAAUCAGUGCCUAACCCAAUCUUCAGCAACUUUAGUCUGCUCAAAUUAAUCUUGAGAGGCCUGGGGAUUCCCGUAGACCACCUGGUAGAAGGGUCCAGAAAGUGUGUGGAGGAGCUGGGAUCUGAUUCUGUGGGAGCCGUGAAGAACUUGCUGGGAGCCCUGACAUAUCUUGGUUGAGUUGCAGCUGGACUGAAGCAAUCUCAGGAUCACAGAGAAUAGGAUGCCCAAGCA